CCAGCUUUUCCUUCGCUACGACUCGUCCAAUUUUCUUCUCUUGUUCUCUUAACAGGACUCAAUUAUUGAUUGUUACUAAAUAAAUUGCACAUCUCCUGCGAGUCUUGAUCUUUUCAACCCGAGAUUCUUUCUGGCUACCCAGUAUUAUCCAGCAAUCAGCAAUCAGCGACGCAGCCUGACCAUCCUACGGUCUGACCACUCUUCUCCUUUUUAAACGGAUUGCUCAACCCACCUUCUUGUCUGAUAAGCCAUCCCACGUUGAUCGGCUUUUCCAGGUCCAUGAACCAACCCGUCUAUUCUAUUUAUCUCAAACGAGUUCGAAAUUAUUGAUGCGCAGCCCUAGCCUUAUGUAUUGCUCUGUGGAUUAGUUACACACGCGAUCACUUUUCGCUUUUCAUCUUCGAUGGCGAAUCGUAUCAUAUUUAAUAUUCUCUAACCAAUCUUUUGCAGCAAAACUUCGCUACCAUUAGGCAUCUCUAGGUUGACGCCCAAUUCGCCAGUUCUCGACAGUAUUACAAGUACUGUAGUUUAGAUCUUGCAGUCGAAACCCACCGAGCCUGUCGGUGGCCACUCAUCAUCUCAUCAUGGCUGGAGACUUGAUGGAUUCCACAUCCACUAAUUUGACCCUCCCCGAAUCUCUCGACCAAGUCCGAAUUGCAGCUUUACCCGCAGCGGCAUAUUACAUUUCCGAUUUUAUCACGCAGGAUGAAGAGGAAGCAAUUCUAGAAAAAAUAGCCUCGGCACCGAAACCGCGGUGGAAGCAACUCACUCAUCGCCGCCUACAAACUUGGCCAUCCGAUCUGGUGAAUAACAAAUUGAUGGACGCUCCGUUGCCGGCUUGGUUGAACGAUCCGAUCGUGCCUCGCUUAAAAUCCAUCCCACUUUCGAAAACCCUUGGUUCAUCCGACAUAUUUUCCGACAGCCCUCACCAGAAACCGAAUCAUGUUUUAAUCAAUGAAUACCCUCCUGGCAUCGGAAUAAUGCCUCACAAGGACGGAGCUGCGUAUCAUCCCGUUGUGUGUACUGUGAGCCUUGGUGCUAGCCUCUGUCUCAAUAUCUACAAAUCCAAGGAUGACGGUAGUCUAGAUCCUGAGCCAGCUUGGAGAAUACUACAAGAGCCUCGAAGCUUACUCGUCACCACAUCUGCUUUGUACACGGAAUUCCUACACGGUAUCGAGGAUAUUACGGAGGACGUUGAACUUUCAAGGGGUACAAUUGCUAACUGGGAACUCCUCCGCUCGCCCGACGACUUUACAGACGGCUCCAACAUACGGAAGACCCGUACCAGCCUAACUUAUCGAGACGUGAUGAAAGUGUCGAAAAUCGGCGGCAAGCUUGGAUUGUUCCAGAAAAAGUGAUUUUCAAGCAUACUCAAUUUUCAAUACACACCGGGUAUCAUUCUCCAUUUUCCCUGCACCUUUUCGAGACCGAACAUUUCACCGUACCAGUUCUUAGUGCCUUUAGCGGUGACACCAAGAUUAACCGUGACAAACAACACCGCACAGAUCAGUGUUCUGUUAUACAGCUGGCCUUCGGGCGCUGCUACUAUCGCCAGAGAAAUAUACAAUAUGCAUUCGCAUGUAUAAUGCGGGCACACCAAAUACCGGAAUAAACCAUCGUCUGGUAGCGAAUACUUCUUGAGUCUAGACAGAUAGCUAUGGCAUCUGUAUUGCAUGAACCACGAGGUUAGGAACAUAGAGACACCAACGACCUCUUUGAACGAUAGAGUCUCGUUAUGAAAAGACCUCUCAGAAGACCGGAUUGAAUCUAUGGCUACUUUUUAGAAUGCUGCAAAAUCGAAAAUCACCGUAGUACCU